AUGACUUUGCGCAAUAAGAGAGAGGUCGAAACCCGACCAGAGAAAGCGAAACCGAAGGAGCAUUUGGCUCCCUCCGACCCAGAUAACUUUGGGGAGGAGAGUUCACAGAGUAAAAAGGGAACCCUUCUAGUCACACCCUCACCAUCCACCUCCAUUUCAAGGGGCUCUAAGGUACCACCCUAUGUGCCUAAAGCCCCAUUCCCACAAUGUCUCAAUGCCCCAUCUCCUUUCCCCAAGAAGGGUGCGGCUAUGGAGGAUAUCCUUGAGGUUUUUAAGCAAGUCAAAGUAAACAUUCCUCUCCUAGAUGCAAUCAAACAAGUCCCCACUUAUGCUAAGUUUUUGAAGGACCUCUGUACUCAAAAGAGGAAAUGUAAAACCAAUGUAUCGAAAAAGGUCCUUCUCACUGAGCAAGUGAGCUCAGUGUUCCAAUCAAUUGCUCCUCCUAAGUUACAAGAUCCAGGCACCCCUACUAUUUCCAUAGGAAUAGGGAACCAUGUCAUUGAGCGAGCAUUGCUAGACUUAGGGGCUAGUGUUAAUUUGAUACCUUACUCGGUGUACGAACAAUUAGGGCUUGGGGAGUUGAAACCCACGUCAGUCACCCUUCAGUUAGCAGACCGAUCCAUUAAGGUGCCACGUGGGGUAGUUGAGGACGUUCUUGUCAAGGUUAACGAUUUUUAUUUUCCAGCGGAUUUUAUAGUACUUGACACGGAACCGGUGCAAAUCCUUAAAAAGCAAACUCCCGUCAUUCUUGGUCGCCCCUUCUUAGCGACGGCCAAUGCUAAUAUUCACGUGAGGAGUGGGGAGAUGGAGGUGACUUUUGGGAAUAUGACCCUUAAGUUGAAUGUGUACAACACUGCAAAACACCACUCCAAUGAUGAGGUACAUCCACCUCUCACUGUUAAUGAUGUGUCUAAGGUGAGUGAGGUUGACUCCGAGGUUCCAAUUUUGUUUGAUGAUGUUCCACUUAUGACUAGCCCUCCUUCAAAAAAUGAUUUAAAGUUGCCAUCUCAUUUGCUUUCUAUCACACCAUUAGGUCCGUGUAGUGCGCACUCACCGGAAUUAGCAUGGAGACCUCCUUUGGUCUCGGCAGCGUGUUCACAUGCAAAGUUGGAUUGUAAUGCUCUGUUGAAUGAUGGUUUUUGGAGUGAUUGA